GCAGUAUUUCUAGACGUAGGACCACAUGGCUUUUUCAUUAUUAUUCGUUCAUCGUGUAUUACUCAGUGAAUGUUAGAGUAUUUGUGUUUUAAAAUCAAAAUGGUUAAUCUUUUAUAUGAUUAAAUAUAGUAUCGGGAACAUGUCUUAUUGAAUAAGAUUAAAACUUCGAUGUAUAACCUAUUCUAACAUUUUUAAUAUUUUAUAACAAAGUUAAUAAUAAUCGCGAGUGUUGUUUUUGUAUAUUAGAUUGAAAGUCUAAAUAAUAGUUAACAAAAAAUGGAUUCGAUAUAUGGACAUUAUAAUCAGAAUGCUUCAGCAAAAAUUAACAUAAAGGAAUAUUUUGCAGAAUAUUCCAAUAUUAUUAAACCUAUUUAUCUUAAUUUUUUGGAUUCAAAAAAAAAGGAGGAUUCAUCUAUCCUUAAAUUAAUGCAAGUUGAUUUAUCAGAUGAGGAAAUGGAAUUAUUGAAAGAAUACUGCAGCACAGAAAAUUUAACUGUACCUGGAGAGAUUCCUAAACUGGAAGUAGAACUACCAAAGAAAUUCAAUAUUUUUAAAACGACAGAUAUGAUUACAGAAGAUAUUAAUUUAGAAACUAUUCGAAAGUGGAAAGAAAGCAAAAAAUCCAGAGCUAAUUAUCAGUUCAAAUAUACUAGCGAAAUAUUUGUUAAUUAUGACAAUAUCAAAACAUCAAAUAUGAGCACAGGUAAUUUGAUUGUACCGUAUGAAGACAUUUUCAUUGAUGUUAGAGUGUACAAACCUUUUAUGCAUUCAACUAACAUAAUGAAAAAUAUAAAUAGAAGAACUAAACCUACCCUGAAACAUGUGAUAACAGUAUUAGGAAGACAGAUGCUCACUGAUUUGCGUGAUAAAAUAAGAUGCAUGUGCGACUUAACAAUUCCAGUGGAAAUCAGUGACAAUCCUAAUCAACCGUUGCAAUCGAUGGCAAAAGAUGUGUAUAAGUCUGGCUUUUUUUAUAUUGAAGAAACAUUUUAUAAUGACUUCAGAGAUCCAGCAAAUAUAGAUUAUAGUAGUUCUAUAAUAGAAUGGGCAAGAACUAAAAAUUUAGGACCAUUUCGUACUGAUUAUAUGGAAAACGUUAGAAUAGAUUCCCUUUCUGUUAGAUUUGGUUAUCCAUGGGUUUACAUGCACCAAGGUUCUUGCGAACAUAUCAUUAUAUUCAGCGAUGCAAGAUUGGCACAACCUCAUGACGAAUUACACAUAUCUGAAUAUCCAAGAAUUAAUAGGAUUAGGCAACAAAAAACUAUAUACUGUUAUAUGUGUGGAGCUUUGGCUGCUAAAUGGAUUACAAAAGAACAUGAUAGAGUACCUCAUAAUCCUUGUUUUUUUUGUGAAGUUUGUUUUAAGUCGUACAAUUACAUUAAUGGUAAAAAGGUAGGAAAUUUUAAAGCAUUUCGCUAUCCCUGCGAUACUAAUAUCGUAAGAGAAAAAUCAAUAUUAGACGAAACAAACAUGGAAGAAGAUGUAGAAAUGAAAGAAACAAACGAAGAAGUAACAGAAAAUGUUAAUACAUAUAAUGCCAGUUUCUUUACAAAGCAUUGCUAUCAAAAUACUUGUAAUGCAACCAGUUAUAUUACACAACUUGGAAAUAAAACAAUUAGCGAUAAUACACUGAUUUAUAACAAAAUCAAAAGAGUAGGAGAAAUAUAUAUAGUAAGAGUCGAAUUAUAUCGUAAUAUUUUUCUACUAUACACGUGGUGGUGUAAGAAAUUCGUCAAGAUGAUUGACAUUAAAACUAAAAAGCGUAAAGUUUCUAAAAAAACGAAAAAAUCAUGGAGAAAACAUGUGGACACAACUGACGUUGACAAUUUUUUAGAAGAAGAAAGGUUAGAGGAAAGAUUAGGUGGGCCAAUUGCUCAACGAUCAGAUAAAGAUUUGUUUGUAAUUGAUAAAGGUACUGCAAUUAAGGAUAUUAAGUCUGUUGAUAAAAAACAGCGUAGAUUGGCCUUGAAAAAUGCAGAGCCAAAGUGUUUUAGUAUUUUAAAAUCAAAUUCUCUUGUUCCUGAUCCAAUCGUUAAAAGAAACCGUGUUAGAACACCAGAAGAACGUAAACACCCAAUCUUGCGUCGCAAGGAAUUGGAAAGAAAAGCAAAGGGUAUUUUGAAAUUGAAAGAAAAAUUAGCAAUAAAAGAUAGAGCUUUAGCAGAUUUGAAAAGAGCUAAUCGACAUAAACGAGGUGAUUUUAAAGAAGAUAUUUGGAAUAAGGAAGAUCCUGUUUUAUCCAAGAUUGAUACAGAAUGGAUGACUUCGGAUACUAUGAGACAUACUAUUUCACAUAUGGGUUUAAGGAAAAGAAAAUUACCUACAUCCUUACUUAAAAAACCAUCAGUUCUACCAGCGAUAGAAGCUCCACAUCCUGGUACAUCGUAUAAUCCAUCUUACAAGGAUCAUCAAAAUUUGUUAAGUGAUAUAGCUCAGAAAGAAUUAGAGUUAAUGAAAGAAGAAGCUCAUUUGAAUAGAGUUACUACUAAGAUGUUCAAAAAGGUUUCACCCAAUGAAAAAGAUGAAAAUACGUUAAAGGAAUUGGCCGAGGGCUUGCCUUGUAAAGAAGAUAAAAAUCAGUCGAAUAGUGAUAAUAACAAUGAUGAUACUGAUAUAGAUCACGAUAUUAAAUCUAUUAAUCCACCAGUAAAAAAUAAAAAGAAAACUUUAGUAACAAGACGUAAGCAAAAGGAACAAAAAAUUUUGACAAAUAAAUUAGCACAAGCAAAAUUGGAGAAAAAGAAAAUAUCUGAUAUAUACAAGUUGAAAUUACUUCAAAAACAAAUAAGCAUUAAAGAAAAGAAAGAACAAAUGUUACAAAAGAAGAGAAAUGAAUUAAAGAAAUUAAAAUCCAAAGAAACGAAGACAUUGAGUAGAGUUAAAUUCGAGCCUGCUGAACCUUCCUUUACGUUAGCAGAGGAAUUAACUGGAAAUUUAAGAAACGUCGGACGUAUUGGUAAUUUAUUAAAGGAUCGUUACAAAUCGUUGCAGCAAAGGAACAUUGUUGCACCAGCUAACCUUGUUGUCAAACGAACCAAGGGUAAGGUAAAGAGAUAUAUUAAACCGGAUCAUAAAAUAACGUUAAAGGAGUGACGAUGAAAUGUAUUUAUAUAUAAAUAUAAAUAGCAAUGAUUAUAAAAAUAUAUAAUAUUUUUCAAUGAAAAAUAAUUGGUUCUAUUUAAAACGUAUAAAGUAAUUAAAUUUUGACAGAGUAAAAUAAUAUUAUUAAAAAAUAAUAAACCCUAUUGUUACUUAUAUAUGUUCUUCAAAUCAAUGGUUCUAAUAUAAAUUCAAUUAAUCAUAAAAUUCUAUUUUUGUUCUUUGAAAGUUUCAAUAUAACUUGCAUCAUUGCUGAUUUUUGUCACUUCAAAUUCUUCUGAAACUGAAUCCUCUGCAUUUGAAUAUUCAAUUUCAAUUAAUUCCUUAACUGAUGGUGUUUCGAAUAAAAUUGAACUUUUAUCUUUCAAUAAAACUUCUUUUGAUUGUUUUUCCUAUAUUAUUCAUUAUGUAAGUAAUCUGUCGAUUUAUUACCUAUAAAAUAAAAAUCUUACCAUUU